AUGCUAUUGCUCACAGCCCUGCCAUUGCUCACGGCCCUGCUGACAGCAGCACUGGCCAGUGCAGGAACGCCUAAGUACUGCGGCCGCGCUGGCUCGGGCGUAGACGGGCUGCGAGCGCCGCAGACAGAAGCCAGCUUGAAAAGUGUGCAAGUCGUCGCGCGCCACGGCGCCCGCGCGCCCGUCGCCGACUGCGGCCGCUGGCUGCCCGCCGCCGCCGGCGCGGCGUGGACCUGUCCCGGCGAGGCCGUCGAGGGCGUGUCGAGCGGAAGCACGUACCGGCUCCGCAGCGGAGUGAAGGACGAGUGCGGGCCCGGCGAACUCCUGGAAGAAGGCUUCGCGCAGCACCGCGCGCUCGGCCGCGCGCUGCGCGAGGCCUACUGGGCGCCGGGGGCCGUUGGCAAGCUCCCGACCGAUCAUAUAACAUUGCGCUCGUCGGACCUGCCGCGGACGCGCCGGUCCGCCGAGGCGCUCGCCGACGCGUUCGCGCCGUCGGCCGACCCGCGCGACCUCCGCGCGCCCGCCUUCGCGACGGACUGGAUCUACCCGAACAGUAACGAGUGCCCGGCGCUGGCCGCCCUCGAACGCGCAGCCUUCGCCGCCCCGGCGUUCGUCGCGCGCAACGCGAGCGACCUCGGCGCGCUCGCUACAAAACUGGCGCCGGCGAUCGGAGGACCCGUGGACUUUGGGCUGGACGACGGCAUGGCCGGCGGCCACCUGAUGGACUGCGUCGCGGCGGCGGCGUGCGCGCGGCGGGCGUUCGCACCGCCGCGCGACGACGUCGACGCGCUGAUCGCGGCGAUGGAGCGCCGCGAGGCCUCCAAGCUCACGCCGCGCUACGCCCGCACCGUAACGAGCCCGCUCGUCGCCGCGCUGCGCGCGCGCCUCGUCAACAGCACGGGCCUGUCGGUCUUCCUCGCGCACGACACGACGCUCAUGCCGCUCCUCGUCGCGCUCACGACCGACUACGACGGGGCGUGGGCGCCCUACGCAGCGGCCGUCGUCGUCGAGACGUGGACGCGCCCGGGCGGUUCGGACGCCGUCCGCGUCGCCUACGACGGCGCGUAUCGGACGCUCGCCGGCUGCCCGGGUCAAGAGCUGUGCCCCGUGGAUGCUUUCCUGGCGGCGACGGCCUGGGUGCGGGACCGCGACUGCGCCGUCGCCCCGCGCGUGGGGUCCCUCCGGGUCGACGCGAAUGAGGCUCCGGCGAAUGGGUCCGUGGUCGUUGCGUUCGCCGCGGGCGCCGCGGCCGCGCUCCUCGCGAACGCGUGGAUGCGGCAUGCGUCCGGGCCGCGGUGAUGAUGUCCUGUUGUUGUAAAUAAUAUCUUG